AUGUCCACGAUUACCGCAAAGAGUGAAAGCACUGAUUUCGACGACUGGUAUUUUGAUCGACCGUUUCGUCAUGAGAUUAUCGAGAACUGGGCGCCACCUGAGUUGGUCCGCGCUGCUGAAGCAGAAUGGCCAGACGAUCAUUGGCCAUUCUGGCAUCGCUAUGACAACGGAAAACUAACCACCAAGGAUCCACUGCGGAUUCCACCCGCGUGCAGCGAAUUGAUCCGGCGAAUGCUCUGCCUACCAAUCGCGGAACUGCUGGGGAUCGAAAAUGCCUUCGGUGACUGGAACUGCCACGCCUCCGGUCUCCACGGCAUGCCACCUGGCAGUUCACUGGGAAGACAUCUCGACAGCGACCAUCACCCGAACACAGGCUGGAAACGAGCGUGCAACGCGGUGUUUUAUCUUAACAGUCACUGGGAGCAGGAAUGGGGUGGCCAUUUCGAACUCUACGAUGCGACGGGCACUCAUUGCGAAAAACGCAUUACUCCCAAGUUCAAUCAACUGGUUUUGUUUCAGCCAUCGGAUGUUUCCUAUCACGCGGUUUCGGAAGUGACCGGGCCGGAGACCCGGAAAACGCUGACUGUCUUCUUCUGGACACAAUCUCAGGGCUUGAUGAUGAGUCAGUUCGCGCUCGCCAAUGCGUUGAAGCAGCCUUCGAAAUCGGAGCAAACGAGAUUUGUUAUUCUCUGCCAACCGCGGACGGGAUCAAGUCUGCUGAACACCUCACUCCGUCAGCAUCCUGACAUCUUCAUGCAUCGGGAGAUUUUCAACCACAUUCAGGGACACAAGUUGCCUCAAAAAGGUGGCCAGCGAUUGAGAAAGGCUUUGACUCACCCGAAAGCCAAAGCAGUCGGCUUUAAUCUGCAUGCGUUUCAACCGGAUCGAAAGUAUGCGGACUGGCGAGAUUGGGAACCUGCCUGGGAUGCUCUUGCCGCAGACGCGACGAUCAAGAUCAUUCAUCUGCGCCGACUGGAUGUCCUGGCCCAGUUUGCUUCCUGGAAAAUCGCUCAGGUCACUGGCAUGUGGGGACCUCAGCAGAAACUGGCGCAGCGUCCUCAGGUCUAUAUCGAUCCGGAGGCUCUCCGCUGGUUCCACGAAUGGAAUCGCUCGCUGUUUGAAUGGCGGCUGAGUUAUCUGCAGGGCCAUUCAAUUCUCUCGAUCACGUACGAAUCCCUUUGUGAUUCCUGGGAGGAGACGAUUAAUGAGUGUCAGCGAUUCCUCGGAGUUUAUGCCAUGACGAAACUGGUCUCUGAAGAAGCGGAACUGCAGCGAGAGAUCGAACGCCUUGGUCCCUGGACCACGCGAUUUCAGCUGAACGGAAAGGCGAUUGGCGGAUCUUACGAAGUCAGCGAAAACGAACUGCUGUUGAGGCAGUUCCGGGAACGUCUGCCGUAUGCCGAUCGCAUCCUGGAACUGGGCUGUAUGGAAGGCGGUCGGACGUUUUCUCUGGCCCGCCGAGUUGGCCAUGUGGUCGGUGUUGAUGUCCGCAGAGAGCAUCUCCAACGGGCACGAUUCAUUCAGCAGCAACGAAAUGUUCACAACGUCACGUUUCUGGAAAUGGAUCUCGAAGCUUGUGAUCUCGAAUCGCUGGGAACAUUUGAUGCCAUCCACAAUGUCGGCUUGCUGUAUCACAUGGCCAAUCCGGAAAGAAUGUUGAGGCAACUUGCGGCAAUCGCACCGGAGAUGUUGCUCUGGACCUACGUGGUAGACGAUAGUGAUGCGGAGCAAGGCAGCUAUUCGGGAAGGUUCGUGACGGAAAAUCCAGCCGACCAGAUUGGGGGAAUUCGCUCACGCUCGUUUCGGCCAACACGAUCGGAAUUGAUUCGGAUGCUGAGCGACUGCGGUUGGCGGGAUGUCGAACUGCUGACGGAAGAAGCGACCGCUGUGGCACUCUGGUGUCGGAAGAGUGCAAAAACCAGCUCGCGACGAAUCCCUCCCAGGACCAUGUCAGUCGCUGUCGUGAUACCGUGCCAUAACUAUGCGCACUAUCUUGAAGAUUGCCUGAAAAGCGUUGUCCAUCAGAGUCGACGACCGGAAGAGAUUCUGGUGGUCGACGAUGCCUCAACCGAUGACACCGAGGACGUGGUCAAGCACUGGUCCGACUGGGGUGUUCAGUAUUUGCGAGUUGAUCACGAGAAUGUGCGGCUCACGCGACAGGCUGGGAUGGAAGCCACAAAGUCUGACGUGCUUUGUUUCGUCGAUGCAGAUGAUUUGUUGACUCCUGACUAUCUCCGUUCCGGGAUGAUGCAGUUUGAUCAGCACGAUAUCGGAGUCGUUUAUUCCGACAUGAUCCGGUUCGGGACAGAAGAUGUUGUCACUGGGUUUCCUGAGAGUGUCACCAGCGAAGAAAUCUGCCAGAAGAAUAUCAUUCACUGUGCCUCGCUCGUGCGUCGCGAAGCAUUGGAAAUGAGCCAAGCAUUUGCCGUACCAGUGAAUCCCAAGGUUGGACAUGAAGACUGGGCACUUUGGCGAACGGUCCUGGCUCAAGGCUGGAAAGCGAAGAAACAACCGGCACUCUAUUCCUAUCGGCGUCAUCCUCAGGAAAUCUCACUUACCAAGUCGUGGGAUGAGAAUCCAUACUAUCGCCUGCGCUGCCUCGAUCUGGAAACGAUCACACUGUUUGUAGCACUCUCCGGAAGAUCGGCAGUCUGGCCGAGGUUUCGGGAGUUCCUCGAGUCGCAAACAUGGCCGCGUGAGCAGACAAAACUGUUCUUGCUCGACACCAGCCAGAAUCCUGAAUACUCCCAACUCGUCAAAUCGUGGUUGUCAGACUGUGACUAUCCACACUUCAAAUAUGAGCAAUUGUCGGUCGGCGCACCGGGCUUGGCAGAUGAAGAACGUUGUGGUCGCGUUGAGAUUCAGGAUGCGGUCCGCCUGGCUGCAGCACGGAUAUACAAUCAUCUGGCUCGUCAGAUGACGACCAACUUCGUCUGGGUGGUCGAAGAUGAUGUCAUUCCACCCGACAAUGCAGCCGAGUCGCUGCUGCGGGGAUUUGAUCAGAACACAGGUUCGGUCGCCGGACCAUAUCGCUCUCGAUUUCAUGAUGGCUAUGUUGCCUGGUCUGAAGGUCAUCAGAUUCUCAAAGAGCGAGGAGAGAGUGUUAAGACUAUCGAAGGGAAUGGGUUCGGCUGCGUCAUGCUACGAUCAAGUGUACUGAAGAAUUCACUCUUCACGUGCCGGCAACCUCCAUACGAUUUCGACCCUGCGUUUUACGAACGCCUAAAAAAGACUGGAUUGCAGGCAAAACUCAACUGGGACGCCGAGUGUGAGCAUUUGGAUGCAGCAUUGCUGAAAAAGUGA